CUUUCGGCUUUCUAUAUGCAGAUUAGAAGCGGGCACCGCAAAGGCUCACGGGGAGAGGGCCCCACCCCUUCCGUUCGGAACUUCGUUUUGCGUUGUCGCGAGAGUUGGUUGUCCGGGUGUCGGAAGCUGCUCGUCGCUCCGGGAGUGUUGAAGGGGCGGGCUCGGCGCAGUCGGCCUCCCCGCUCUCCGCUAGCUUGGCGGCGCAAGAUGGCCGACAUCUCGCUGGACGAGCUCAUCCGGAAGCGCGGGACGGCGACCAAGGGACGGCUCAGUGCCAGACCAGGAAUUGGAGGCAUCCGAUCUCGAGUUGGGAUCCAGCAUAGUCUUCUUAGCCAGCCAGCUCGCACAGCCACCUUCCAGCAGAGAUUUGAUGCCCGGCAGAAGAUUGGCAUCUCAGAUGCUCGGCUCAAGCUCGGAGUCAAAGAUGCCAGGGAGAAGCUUUUACAGAAGGAUGCUCGGUUUCGGAUCAGAGGAAAAGUACAGGAUGCUAGAGAGAUGCUGAACUCCCGAAAGCAGCAGAAUGCUGUGCCUCAGAAGCCCCGGCAGGUGACUGAUGCCCGGGAGAAGAUCAGCUUGAAGAGGAGAUCCCCUGUUACCUUCACAAGCCCACCCAUUGGGACGGUGACACCUGCUCUGAAACUCACCAAAACCAUCCAGGUUCCACAGCAAAAGGCCAUGGUGCCACUUCAUGCUCAUCCUGCUGGAAUGAGGAUCAGUGUUGUCAAUAACCACCAGGCCAAACAGAACUUAUAUGACCUAGAUGAAGAUGAUGACGUUGCAGCACCUGUUCCUACUAAACAGAUGAAGUUUGCAGCUACAGGCAGCUUUGUCCAUCACAUGACUGGACUGAGCAGUUCCAAGCUGUCCAUGUCCAAGGCCCUCCCUCUCACAAAAGUGGUUCAGAAUGAUGCCUACACAGCUCCUGUUCUUCCUUCCUCUGUUCGAACCAAAGCCUUGACCAACAUGUCUCGGACGCUGGUGAACAAGGAAGAGCCUCCCAAAGAGCUGCCCCCUGCUGAGCCUGUGCUCAGCCCCUUGGAAGGUACCAAGAUGACUGUGAAUAAUCUGCACCCUCGAGUCACCGAGGAGGACAUUGUUGAGCUUUUCUGUGUGUGUGGAGCCCUCAAGCGGGCCCGACUGGUCCAUCCUGGGGUAGCAGAGGUUGUCUUUGUGAAGAAGGAUGAUGCCAUCACUGCAUACAAGAAGUACAACAACCGAUGUCUGGACGGGCAACCCAUGAAGUGCAACCUUCACAUGAAUGGGAAUGUCAUCACCUCAGAUCAGCCCAUCCUGCUGCGGCUGAGUGACAGCCCCUCAGUGAAGAAGGAGAGUGAGCUGCCUCGGCGGGGGAAUGCUGCCUCCUCUUCCAACCCUCCUGCUGAAGUGGAUCCUGACACCAUUCUCAAAGCUCUCUUCAAGUCCUCGGGGGCCUCUGUGACCACACAGCCCACAGAAUUCAAAAUCAAACUUUGAGGAAGGGAGUGGGGCAGCCAGAAACAGGGCAGUGGAGGGUGGCUCUGUUUCCCUAGGCAAAGCUUGUGACCAAUGGGCCGUUGGACUGAAGCCCCCUGAGCAAGGGUCAAGGCACCAGGGAGAGCUUCCUCACUGGAUGGGACCCACCUUUCUGUAUUGUUCCAUACCUUGCCCUUCUGUGUUACAUUUCUAUUGUGUGUCUUCCUCUUUCCUCCACUCCUCAAGGUAGGCUGUGUUUGUCUGUGUGUCUCCCCUCCCCUUGGCCCCAAGCUGAUUUCUUUCCUAGAAAUGGUGUACUGUUUCCCUGGGUAGCCGUGGGACUCAGGGCACUGGAGCUGUUGGAGAGGCUGCUUUUUUUGUUUGGUUUUCAGGAGUUUUCUUGUUCUGUUGAAGUUUUACAAACAAAACAAUGGAAUGAUUGGGACGACCUCCUGCCAUUUGGUGGACAGUAGACCAGCGGGGAGCUGCACUAGGUCACUGACUCUUGUCUUUUCACCACCAUCAUCAUCAACCUGUCUCCUAAUUCGGGGAGCUCUGUGACGGGGGCAGGUAGGGUGACUGACUGUGUUGCCAGCUCCUAGCUGCCUGUGUUGUCUUGGGCAGCUCAAAAGGAUUUCCCAGAGUUCAUGUUCCUUUGUUAGACUUGUGCCAAAGGCCUUGGUCCAAUUCUCUGCUUCUAGAUAGGAGCACAGGCAGGGACCUGUGCUUUUAAGCCCUCUUGGUUCUCAUCUGACAGGGCAAAACCACAACCUGGUUUUGGUGCAGGUAGCAGCUCCAAAUUGUUUGGGCCUUUUUCUAGACUCUACAGUGGGCUUUCAAGAGGUUGAUUGAGUGGGAGCUGUUGGCUGCCUCUAGCUCUGCCUUUCUGGCUUCAGUUAUCUACAGAACAGCAGUCAGGAUUACCCAAAGUGCAUCUGCCACCCUGGCAUUGUCUCUGUUCGUGUAAGUGACCCUCACUGCCAUGAGUGGUCUGAGAGUAGACAUGGCCUACCAGGCAAGCUGGUGGGCUAUUUUCUACAGCAUGCUCCUAGGCUGUUAGUUCAGAACUAUGGAACUUAGGCGUGUGCUGAGUAUCAAGCAGCACCAUUCCAGAGCUGGGCAAUAGUCCUCUGACAAUGGGAACAGGAGAUUCUAAGCUCUCAUAGCACACACAUUGGUAAAGGAAGCUGAGACACCAUGACCCUUCAGGGCUAGCCCAGUAAAGAGAACUUCAAUUAGUUUAUCUUCUGGAGUUUGAUCUGCCCAGCUAGAAGUGUCUAGUUUGAGCCAAGAGCUCUGAGGGCACCCAGCCAAGGGAUCCAGGAAUGGCAUCUGGGGUGCUUCACUUUACUGUUCAAAGAAGUCUGCUUCUCUUAAACCCUUCUAAAUAGGUACAAACUUAAUUCUUUUCAGCAAAUAGAACACAUUCCUCCAUGCUUCACCCUUCCUGGUCCAAGAGAACACCGGAAGACAUAGGGCCUGACUUUUCUGGCUGUGGGAACAGUUGUCACGCUUUUUGCUUUGUGUAGUGUAUGGAUGGCCUAGGCCUUUCGUGGUUCUCCUGCUCUUUUUGAACCAUACAUGCUCUGAACAGCACCGUUGAACUGAGUCAGCCUCAGCCUCCUGGCUAUGUGCUACUUUGUGUGCGUGGGGUGCCUCCCCUGCAUUAUACAAUGUCAUCUUGGGAAACAGAAAAGGUGGGCCAACCCUCAUGUCCCUCCCUCCCUUGCAUCCCUCCCUCCCUUGCAUUACUUCUUUGUGUCUUGUUCAGGAGAGAACGACAUUGUGGGAUGGAAGGGCUUGUUACUUUCCAUUUCUCAAUAAAUGUUUGUUAUUCCUAA